AUGAGCCAAACACCCAUCCCCGAAGAGUACGACGAUACCAGAAUUAUGGGAUAUGAUCCUUUAAUACCCCCAGCCCUCCUUCAGACAGAGAUCAAAGCCACUAAACAGUCAUUAGACACAGUGAUUAAAGGAAGAAUCGAUUCCCUGAGAAUUAUCAGUGGUAAGGACGACAGGUGCCUAGUAAUCGUUGGUCCGUGUUCCAUACAUGAUCCCGUUGCUGCUAUCGAAUAUGCCAAUCGCUUGAAGAAAUUGGCGGAGGAACUAGAGAAUGAUUUGGUGAUUGUUAUGAGAGCAUACUUGGAAAAGCCUAGAACUACUGUAGGCUGGAAGGGUCUCAUUAAUGACCCCAAUGUGGAUAAUACUUUCGAUAUCAAUGAAGGUUUGCGUGUGUCCAGAAAGUUGUACGCUGACUUGACCGGAGAGGUCGGCGUUCCGAUUGGCAGUGAGAUGUUAGACACUAUUUCACCACAAUACUUUUCUGAUCUUUUGAGCUUUGGUGCUGUUGGUGCAAGAACUACCGAGUCUCAGCUUCACCGAGAAUUGGCUUCUGGAUUGUCUUUUCCUAUAGGCUUCAAGAACGGAACAGACGGUAAUGUUGGAGUCGCUUUGGACGCUGUACAGGCAUCAUCUAAAGGUCAUCAUUUCAUGGGCGUUACGAAAAAUGGUUUAGCUGCAAUCACCACUACGAAAGGUAACGACCACUGCUUUUCGGUGCAGAAUGCCAAGGAUGCCAUUUCGAAAAGCACAAAUCCGAAUAUAAAGAUCAUGAUUGACUGCUCUCAUGAUAAUUCGAAGAAAGAUUACAAAAAUCAACCUUCCGUUUUGGCAUCAGUUGCCGAGCAAAUCGGAGGGGCGAACGUGCUUUAA